CUUUGAACAAUAAUUAAAUAUGACUCAAGUUGCACCUAUUGAUACCAAUACUGAACAAAAUAUUGAAAUUUGGAAGACAAAACGACUUAUCAAACGGUUAGAAGCAGCUAGAGGGAAUGGGACAUCAAUGAUUUCUCUUGUUAUACCACCCAAGGAUCAAAUUAACAAAGUGAAUAGUAUGUUGACAGUUGAAUAUGGUACAGCAAGUAAUAUCAAAUCCCGCGUGAAUCGACUUUCUGUCCUUUCAGCCAUUACUUCUACUCAACAAAAACUCAAGCUUUAUAACAAAGUUCCUCCAAAUGGUCUUGUCGUUUAUUGUGGUACUAUUGUUACAGAUGAAGGCAAAGAAAAGAAGGUGAAUUUUGAUUUUGAACCUCACAAGCCAAUCAAUCGAUCUCUUUACUUGUGCGACAAUCGUUUCCAUGUUGAAUGUCUGACUGAACUUUUGGAAAAUGAUUCUAUCUUUGGUUUUAUCAUUAUGGAUGGCAAUGGUACUUUAUUUGGUACUGUCUCUGGAAAUACAAGAACCAUCGUACACAAGAUACAAGUGGAUUUACCCAAAAAACAUGGUCGUGGUGGACAAUCUGCUCUUCGGUUUUCUCGUCUUCGUGAAGAAAAACGCCAUAAUUAUGUUAGGAAAAUCGCUGAAUUGGCUGUACAAUUCUUUAUCACCAAUGACAAGGUGAAUGUCACUGGUUUGGUAAUAGCAGGUUCAGCAGAUUUCAAGACUGAAUUGGCACAAUCUGAUCUCUUCGAUCCUCGUCUUCAUAACAAGCUAAUCAAGUUACUGGAUGUCUCGUAUGGCGGUGAAAAUGGGUUUAAUCAAGCAAUUGAACUAUCAGCAGAAGCCUUAUCUAAUGUCAAAUUUGUACAAGAAAAGAAACUCAUUCAACAAUAUUUUAAUGAAAUCUCUCAAGACUCUGGCAAAGUAUGUUAUGGCAUCAAUGAUACUCUCAAGGCACUGGAAAUGGGUGCAGUAGAUCGACUGAUUGUUUGGGAAAACCUGGAAAUGACUCGUUAUGAGCUACAAGAUGAAUCGACAGCAUCAAACCUUAUAAAAAAUGAUCCUAUUAUGGACACAACGUUGGAAAAACGGGUAGUGUAUCUUACCAAGGAAGAGGAACGUCAACGUCAUGCCUUCAAGAAAAAUACUGGCAACAAUAGUGAAGAAAUGGAAAUCAUCAAUGCAACACCUUUUCUGGAAUGGCUAACAGACAAUUACAAAGAUUAUGGUGCCAAUUUGGAAUUCAUCACUGACAGAUCACCAGAAGGUUCACAAUUUGUCAAAGGUUUUGGUGGUAUUGGUGGACUUUUACGAUUCAAAGUGAAUUUUGAACAACUUUAUGACGAUUCUGAAGAUGAAUACUUUUCUGAUUGAUUCCUAUUUUCCAAUGUUCAAGGUUGUGGGUGGAUGCCAUCUUGUUUGAUGGUUGAACAACAAAAUGAUGAUGCAACUAGAGCGAUGUCUCGGGUUUCAUAUUUGAUUUAUCGCUUACUCAUUUAUAACAUACUCAGGAAAAUGAUCAACUCGACAACACGGUAUCACUUUGGACAUUGGAAAGAAAAAUGUAUUAGUAUUAUCAUCAUUCGUACUAAUAUAUGCCUAUAUAUCGAACAAUACCACUACUUGUUUAUGCUUUGGAAGGACGCGAGAAACAAUAUAGACAAACCAUUAUGAAAAUGUAGAAUGAAUUGACUGAUUACUUCCUUAUCUAGAAUAUUUUUUUUUGUCUAUCUUUAUUUUUAUCUUAUUUGAAAUAAAUGUCUAUCAC